CUCCUCCUUAUUACACUACAUGCAAGUUUGCCUUAUAAGUUCUAACACAACACAGAAAACAGUGUGUGACCAGGGUCAUUUAUAAUGGAUCUGGGCUGCAAAAUCAGGAUUUCCUAGGAAAAGUCCAAGACUGGAAGAUUCUUCUGUGUGGCGUGAUUGGUCAGUCUGUCACUGGCUGAAGAAGUAGAAAGGAAACUCCGUAAAUUGGCUUAAACAAUCAGAGGAAGGACUUGGAAAGCAAUUUAAGUUCUACACAGAAAGCUUUUAAAAUCAAAGGCAUUUUCUCAGGAGAUCGGCAACAGUGUUCUUGGAAUGAUCGGUUUUAUAUAAGAAUCCUUCAAAACAUUAACAGAAUUUAACAGACUUUCUAUCCAUAAAUGGCGACUCUUUGACGCUGACCAACUUCUGCUAAAAUGAAGUGGCUUUGCAAACUGGAAGAUUCCGAAAAUUUCUGGGAUGUGAAUAAGACUUGGCACACAGAUAACCCUGACUUCUCCCAAUGUUUUCACAACUCGGUCUUAUUUUGGAUACCAUGUAUUUAUCUCAACGCCUGCUUGCCUUUCUACGUUCUCUACCUCAGAAAUCAUGGACAAGGAUAUAUCCGGAUGUCACGACUCAAUAAGGCAAAAACGCUUCUGUCUGCGUUGCUGACGUUAAUCUGUUAUACAGAACUUUUUUACACACUCUGGAAUGUCACUCACAAUAUCCCUGAACCACCGGUUCUCCUCAUCAGCCCAUUGGUUCUUGGCACAACCAUGCUUAUUACCACUUGUUUGAUACAGUAUGAAAGGGUGAAAGGCGUCCGUUCAUCCUCCCUCUUGCUGUUUUUCUGGGUUUUGACCUUGAUGUGUGCGAUCGUCCAACUGCGAAGUAAAAUCAUAGCCCUCUCAAAGGAUUCACAGGCUGACCCACUACAUUUCACCCUUUUUGUGCUGUACUUCAUAAUGGUGUUGGUCCAGUGCAUACUAUGUAUAUUCAACGAUAAGCCACCAUUUUUCUCCAAUAUAAGGAAAGAAUCGAACCCAUGCCCAUUGUUGAAUGCGUCUUUCCUUUCUCAAGUCACAUUUAGCUGGUUCACAGAGAUAAUGUUUAGAGGUUACAAGCAGCCACUGAAAGAUGAAGACAUCUGGUUGCUGAGAAAAUCAGACAGAGCUGAAGAAAUUUUAGCUAAAUUUUCUAAAGCUAUACAGAAAGAAUGGCAUAAGGUUAAACCGUUGCACGCGGUCACAGAGUUCUCUUCUCCAUUGCCUUUGGAGAAUCAUAAUCGAAUAUCCCAGGAGAUCAAGGAAGAGAAAGAGGUUCUCCUUAAAAGUCCAAGCAUGCAGAUGACCAGACAAUCCCUUUUGAAAAUUAUAGUGAAAACAUUUGGAAUGCAAUACCUUCUGACUACUAUACUUAUGGUUUUGUUUACUGCAUUUCUGUUUAUAAGUCCUCAGCUUAUGAGCUUACUGUUGGCUCAAUUAAAGAAUCCUUCUGCUCCAUCCUGGCAAGGCUUUUUAGUGGCAGCUCUCCUGCUCAUUUGUCCUUGCUGCCAAUCCCUUUUUCUUCACCAACAUGAUUAUAUUUGUUAUGUCAUUGGGAUGAGACUCCGGUCAGCAAUAAUAGGCAGCGUGUAUAAGAAGGCAUUGGUCAUUUCCAGUGCCGGAAGGAAAAGUUGUUCAGCAGGUGAAAUUGUUAACCUGAUCUCAACGGACAUACAGAAGCUGAUGGAUCUUGCCACGUGUUUGAAUUAUGUGUGGUCUGCACCUUUUACAAUCAUUGUGGCAAUGUACUUCCUGUGGCAGACUUUAGGUGUUGCAGUAUUUGCUGGUGUAGGAGUGUUUAUUUUAAACCUUCCAUUUAUGACGGCAUUUGGCGUAGUUUUAAAAAAAUUGCAGGAAGAACAAAUGAAACAAAAGGACAGCCGUAUCAAACUGAUUUCAGAGAUCCUUCAGGGUAUUAAGGUUCUCAAGCUCUACGCGUGGGAGAAUGCAUUCAUGAAGAAAGUUAAUGAGUUCAGGAUCCAGGAGAUGAAAGCUGUGAAAAUGGGGGCACUUAUGCUUUCUGGAGCACUUGCCGUAUUUGUGGCCUCUCCUUUUUGGGUUGCAUUAACCAUGUUUGGAGUCUUCCUGACAGUUGAUGAUCAAAAUGUUCUUGAUGCCCAGAAAGCCUUUGUCACCAUCAUUUUGCUGAACAUUCUGAGGAUUCCAUUGCGCAUGUUUCCACUGGCGCUCACCUUGUCUGUACAGUCUUCUGUUUCCCUGAAACGUUUGGCCAAGUAUUUCUCGGAGACCGAACUGGAAGAAGGAAACGUGGAGACAAUUGAUUCCUCAAGCAAAAAUGACGUCACUGUAGAGGAUGGUACAUUUACUUGGGCAUGUUCAGAGCCACCAUCUCUCAGGGGCAUCAAUAUAACCAUCCCGAAAGGCUCUCUUGUUGCAGUUGUUGGUCCAGUUGGUUGUGGGAAGACCUCAUUGCUUUCUGCGUUACUUGGUGAGAUGGAGAAAGUUGAAGGUCGUGUUGCUACGAAGGGUUCCAUAGCAUAUAUCCCCCAACAAACAUGGAUUCCUAAUGCAACCUUUAAGGAAAACAUUAUUUUUGGAGGCGAAUUUAAGAAAGAUUGGUACGAUCGUGUUAUCAGUGCCUGUGCCUUGCUCCCAGAUCUUAAAAUUCUGUCUGGAGGAGAGAAUACGGAAAUAGGUGAAAAAGGAGUGAACUUGUCAGGAGGACAGAAGCAGAGAAUCAGCAUUGCUCGAGCCGUCUAUAGGAACUGUGAUGUCUAUUUGUUGGAUGACCCACUGUCUGCCGUAGAUGCUCAUGUAGGACAACACCUGUUUGAACAAGUCAUUGGACCUAAUGGCUUACUCAAGAAUAAAACCCGUAUUCUGGUAACUCAUGGGGUCAGCUUCCUGCCACAAAUGGACAAGAUUAUUGUUCUGUCUGAAGGACGAAUCUCAGAAGUUGGUUCUUACUAUGAGCUUCUACAGAGAAAUGGUUCAUUUGCUGAAUUCCUCCAGACGUAUGCUUCUAAUUCAGAGCAGGACGAAGAAGAAAAAUCAGAAGAAACUAGUGAAGCUGUGCAAGGAGUGAAAUGUAAGAAUGGAACCAAGAAGGCAGCUGGUGAUUAUGCUGCAAGGAAGGAAUUACACCCAGAGAUUGAUGAUAUAGAAAUAGAGGAUAAUAUAGGUGAUGGGAAACUAACGGAGGCAGAUGUUGCUCUCACUGGAAGGGUUAAACUAUCAGUGUAUUUGGACUAUCUGAAGAUGAUGGGGAAAUGGUACCUUAUCUUCAGUGCUAUAUUUUUCAUCAUCCAACAAGUAGCUGCAUUAGGUCAUAACUACUGGAUUGGAUUGUGGGCUGAUGAUCCCGUGAUUAAUGGAACUCAGCAAAACAAAAACAUGCGACUUGGGGUAUACAGCUUUUUGGGGAUUUUGCAAGCUGUUGGGAUUUUUGCUGCAUCUGCCUCCAUUAUAAUUGGUGGAGUGUCUGUCUCUCGUAAACUGCACACAAGAUUACUCUACAGCGUCCUCCGGUGUCCUCUAAGCUUUUUUGAAAAGACACCAAGUGGAAACUUGACUAACCGAUUUUCCAAAGAAAUGGAUACUAUAGACAAUAUAGUGCCCCAGAUACUGAUGAUGUUUUUAAUAAUGACUCUGACCAUAGUGGAGAUUCUGUUGGUCAUUGCCCUGGCCACACCGCUUGCGGCUGUAGCUUUCAUACCUCUAGGAUUGUUGUAUUUCUUUCUUCAGAGAUUUUAUGUAGCCACAUCCCGCCAGCUGAAACGCCUGGAUUCUGUGAGUAAAUCCCCUCUCUACACCCAUUUUAAUGAAACCUUGCAAGGCGUUAAUGUCAUCAGAGCUUUUAAAGAACAAGAACGCUUCAUACAAGAGAGCAAUCUCCGGCUAAACACCACUCAGCGCUUCUAUUUUUCCAGCUUUGUUGCUAAUCGGUGGCUGAGUGUACGCUGUGACCUGCUAAGUAAUUUCAUAGUAUUCAUAGUGGCUGUUGUAGGUGUACUAUUCAGAGAGAGCAUUACACCUGGACUUGUUGGCCUAGCUGUGGUGAAUUCAUUACGGCUGACCAGUGUUUUAAAAGAGGCGGUUCAUACUGCGACUGACUUGGAAACCAAUUCAGUAGCUGUGGAGCGGGUAAAGGAGUAUUGUGAUGCUGAACCAGAGGCUCAGUGGACUUCAGAUCACGCUUCUGAACUCGAUAACUGGCCAAGUGCUGGUAGAAUUGAAUUCCAGAAUUAUGGUUUGAAGUAUAGGAAAGACCUAGACUUUGCUCUGAGGAAUGUAACUGCAGUUUUCCAGCCAGGAGAAAAGGUUGGAAUAGUGGGAAGAACUGGAGCUGGGAAGUCUUCUCUUACUCUUGGUCUGUUCCGAAUUCUUGAGCCUGCAACAGGAAAAAUCUGUAUUGAUGAAACCGACAUUUCAAAGUUAGGUCUUCAUGAACUUCGAUGUAAAAUAACAAUCAUUCCCCAGGACCCAGUGUUAUUUUCCGGCUCUUUAAGAAUGAAUCUGGAUCCAUUUGAUAAUUACUCUGAUGAAAACAUUUGGGUGGCUUUGGAGUUGUCUCACUUGAAAUCAUUUGUGGCCAGUUUGCCCGAUGGACUAGAUUACAUUUGUUCUGAAGGAGGAGAAAACCUGAGUGUUGGCCAAAGGCAAUUGGUAUGUUUGGCAAGAGCUUUGCUUCGGAAGACCAAGAUCCUGGUGUUGGAUGAAGCUACGGCAGCAGUGGAUUUGGAGACAGAUGAUCUCAUCCAGUCGACCAUCAGAAGAGAGUUUGAGGACAGCACGGUUAUAACCAUUGCUCAUCGACUCAACACCAUCAUGGAUUAUACAAGAAUAGUUGUUUUUGACAAAGGCGAAAUUGUGGAAUUUGACUCUCCUUCAAGACUUCUAGAAAAUAAAGGACUGUUUUAUUCUAUGGCCAGAGAUGCUAAUAUUAUUUAACCUAUCUGUUACUAGUGACAUAGCGUUAUACACAGCUCUGCAUACAUUUACACCAGCAAACAAAUAAAUCUGCUGAAUCUCUCAUCAUACAGUAUGUUUUUGGAAAAGGGGAUACAGAAAGUGGACAAAUCAUAAUGGACCAUUUCUACGUUUAUGAAGGAGACGGGAAAUAAUCUUCUAUUAGACAGUCCGAGAGCCUCUCACAAGCAGGAAUCCCUGCACAACUAUAAAUUCUUGAUUCCAUUGUCUCCUUCACUCAGGUUACAACUGACAAAUGCAGAAGUUUGCUUAGAACAUGAACAAGUGAUGCGCAAGGUGAAGACAUCACUGUGUUUUGUAGAAUGUAUGCCAUAUUAUCAGGCAUUGACAAAGGUAUUGUUAUACUAAUGAAGCUUAGUGCUCACUUGCCACCAUCUUGAAUCUUCUUUGCCGGUGUGUGUCAGUGUCUAUAUAUUGUAUGAUAUUAUGUUCUAGUCAUGGGAAGAGAGUUUGAAACCCUACAGAUUGGUCAACUUGGGAAUUUGUGAAUCGUACCCAUUUCAUCACUUUCUUGUCACUGUUAAAGCACAUGGCCUGAUUUAUCAAGGGAAAAUAUCUUGGGGCAUUCCAGAUAUGGAAGUGAAUGAAAUGUAUCACAAAGUAAAAUGUUAUAUUCUGUUGGAAGCUAGAGUUGAACUCUGGACACUAUUAAUGUUGCAGUGUGAUAUCAUUGAAGUAUUUUUAAAAAGUAGAUUUAUCUUGGUAUUAAGUGAGUUCAUAGGUUCAGGGCGUUAACAAACUAGCUCACAUGAGAACGACGACAUUAUAAAUACUUUGAUGUUACUAGCAGAUGACACUACCAGGGGACUCCUGGCACCCUAGCCAAUACAAAGCAGUAGUGGUUAUGGUGCCUAGAUAGUUCUUUAAUUUCUUUUGAGGUGUUUAGGUUAUUCAAGUUAGCUCUUUAAAUGAGAAAUUAGUUGUGGAGUACUUUUCAACCUCAAGCUUCCAUUGUUGUAAGCAGCUCUAUAUCUAAUCCAGCC